CAGAAGCUUGUUGUUUGGGAUUUAGCAUUUAGCUUCUUCGGAAAAUGUCAUCCUAUAAAUCUAAUAGGCUUCAAAUAAUAUUUUUAUUUCACAUUAUGCGGGCAUGUUUUGGGUGUAACUAAUUGUUUGGCCCUCAAAUGUGCCCUCAACACCAUGGUUUUAUCGACGAGAUGAUGUUUUUCUGUUUAUAUUCGCUCAUUCUGUCACAUGGACGUCUGACUCUCGCAGCCACAGACUUUGGAACCGCUUCCACUCCGAGCCCUACUACAGGGGAGCGGUUCAGCUCAGUCACCCCGGCUCCGGGCGGGACGGGGACCCAUCAGACGGCUACUCUUCAUCCCGCUCUGGACUCCGUUGUAACCGCCACACAGGACUUCACGGUAACCGGUACAUCAUCAUCCGAGUCUCCCACUGCGGUCACCGAGGCUCCAUCAGCAACCACCGUAAAGCAGGCUGUGCUACCUGCAGGAGGUUGUCUCUGCGAUCUGACGCCUGAUUUUUGUGACAUCGGCUGCUGUUGUGACGCAGCAGACUGUGACGUUGAUAAUUUAACAACUGUCUUCACGGGAUGUCCUCAAGGACUUCUGACAGGAGUCUGCGUUGAGAAAUGGCUCAUGUUCAGAGCCAACGUUGACUCGUCUCUCAUCACUGUGACUGACACCUUGUUUUGUGUCCGACCCAAAGCAGUUACGACUCCCCAGUCCCUCGCUGACCUCCAGCAGAUCCCAGCUUUAGGAGACUCGUACCACUUCUCACCAGCCGGACAUACGUACUCCAGACACAGCAGAAACUUUUACAGGGCUGAUGAUGUUAUCCAGACGUUUUUCUCCAAUUCGUCCGUGCGGGGUCUCCUCCGUCUGCCUUCUCCAGGGGCUGCUUCGACGUUCUGCCUCAACCGUAACCCUGCAAAGUUUCUCAGGUCUUCGUCUCUGUCCUGUACCCGUGUGGUGAUGCCUCAGUCCUGUGCCACUGACCCAAGUCUCGGUGCUCGCUCCUACUUCUCUGACAUGAACCUGAUAAAGAUUCCAACAGCUGGGGCGGUGAUACCGUCAGAUUUCCUGAUCCCAGUGACUCCACAGGCUGAGUGGCCUUCACCAGUCACGCAAAACAACUCCUGUUUAAACGUAGUCAAAAAGGUUGAGUUUAGAAUCGGUUACACGGGCAGGGGCGAACUCUUGAACGGAACAAUCAACAUUGAAUUGACUGAUUUGACUUUCGACCAGCUGUUAUCACAGACYCAUUCUGUACAUUUUCAGCUAAUCCCAUCCAGCCCCAUGCCAGGAAUAUUAAUACCUUCUGUUGGACUUCGAGUGGGAUCUCCUGUCAUUGCUCGCUUCAAUGGAGACGUGCAGCCCCUGACAUCACUUGGACUGUCACGAGGUGGAGAGUGUUCCUCUGAUCCAACUGGGCGAGCGCCCAUCCUCUUCUCCCACAACAGCAUCAACGGCUGCACGUUUGCUUCUUCUACGAGUAACUGCACUGAGCUGCGGUCGCAGAUUUAUGGGGUUUUGCAAGGACCCGUGGCUCCUGACGUAAUCGCCAUGAACUCAGGGUCCCAGCCAGACUGGACCAGAGUCCUCAYGCAGGAGUGUCCGCUCAGCUCACAGGAAACCUGCGACUCAGGCUGCCUCCUCCCUCACUCCCUCUCUAUCCAAGUGCUGUGGGCUCGUCGGGGCUUCACCGAGCGUCCCCAGAAUUUCAUCCUGGGAGGCAAAUUUCUCUUCCUGUGUCAAAGUGUCAAGUGCCCCUUAUCGUCCCCUCUCACCUUGACCACUCAAGUUAUGUUUGUCGACACCACAGUUUACCCAGAAACCCCCCGAGGUURGCCUCGGCCCCGCUGGAAGUUUCCGUUCGGCUUCUUUACGAGAGGCGCCGCCGAGCUGGACGGCCACGUUGUUCCUGACGYCAGCGGUGCCGAGGAGGUCAGGAGGAGUUUAACGCUGCUCAUCGUCUUGUUGCUAACAGGAUUAGAAUUCUUCUCCUCGUAGCUUCUGAUGGACGAGAGGGGAGCACUGAGGACUUUCAGUGACUUUAAUGUGUUUUAUUUGGUURAAACUACUUUACUAAACAAGUCAUUCUGUUCAGCAGUAGGCAAACAACUGUGAUGUAUUGUCAUGGAAUAUUUUCUAUUUACUUAUUUUACAAGAAUACAUAGUUUUUUUUUUACAUUGUAAAUGCAUCUAUCACUGAGGUAAAGAAACAUUUCUUGCA